AUACAAGUCGCUUCAGCUAUACCAUUGACAGGCUCUGUUAACGACUCAGUCUGGGUUUCCGGUGUCUGUGAAAUUGAGUUGCUCAUGCGGGACAUAUUUUCAAACUUGAACCCCGUCGAUAUACAUCUUGACUACUGAAUGAAGGUACUGAGAUAGGCUGCGCAUGACCCUACAACUGUCCACAUAAAGCAAUCCUCCACCGAAAGAAGCUCAGGACACAUUCAUAAUGUCAUCAUUAUACCCCCCGGACACUCUACACUUCCCACCUUCAUCACAGCCUUUCCUGGAGCCAUAUCUGCCCCCACUACCAACUGCCGAAAAUACUUCAAAAGUUUAUCCACAAGAAAAUGAACCAACUCGACCAUUUACAACCCUCACAUUCGCUACAUCCCUCGACUCUUCCCUCUCAUUAGCACCAGGUGUCGGGACCGCAAUUGCUGAUAAUCCCGGUCUGAACUGUCGUAUUGAAGGUGCGGGUGGUUACGAAGGACAGACCGGUGAGAAGUCUGCUGACCCUGUCAUUCAGACCCUGGCUCAAGAUGCAAAGUCAAAUCCUGAAUUGAAAGAUCUCAUGGAAAGGGCCUGUGCUCGGAUGGCGUCGAAAGGGGAAUUGCAAACAUUUCAAAAUCCCAUUGAUCAGAUCAAAGAUAAACAAGACGUGGAUGAUGAGGAAAUGAUUAUACGCAAGCGACAAGAAAAGCUACACCAGCCGAGGCCGAUAAUUAUCGAUCCAAAGGCUAGAUGGGUGCCGCAGGAGACUUCCAAGAUCAUUGAACUAGUAAGGCAGGGCAGGGGCAAAGCACCAUUCGUCAUAAUCGCGAAAUCAACAUCACCGCCUCAACACGGUCGAGAUCUUCUGGAGAAGUACGGCGGAAAAUUCAUUGCCUUGGACACAGUUGCGAGCGAUAUUAAUGAUGAGAACGGCGAAACUCAUCGACACUUCGACUGGCACGACAUUCUCCACGUCCUAGCGACAAAGGAAAAUAUUAGAAGUAUAAUGAUUGAAGGCGGCGGGUCCAUCAUUAAUUCGCUCCUUUCAGAACAGAAGUUUAGCGGUCUGAUUGACUCUGUCAUUGUGACUAUCGCACCCACCUGGUUGGGUCAAGGGGGUGUAGUUGUCUCGCCCAAAAGACGUGUCGAUGAGCACGGAUAUGCGAUUCCAGCUUCGAGACUUACGGAUGUUAAAUGGUACCCGUUUGGCGAGGAUGUUGUCUUGUGCGGACGAAUUCAAGGUCUUGAUCGAUCUACGUAA